ACGCAUGUUCUCAAAUUUGUUGGCCACUAUCGUUCCACCAUUCUAACUUUCAGAAUUCUUUCCUAUGAGAACUCUUAACGUUUGAGUAGGAAAAUUUUUGAUUUAUUUACUUGUUUUGUUUAUUAAUUAAUUAAUUGCAAACAGUUCCAUUCGUUUGUUUUGCUAUAUUCAAGUUUUUGUACUUCUCAAUAUUUUACCGGGAAUUCAAGAAAAAUGCGUGAAUGCAUCAGUGUGCACGUGGGACAGGCUGGUGUGCAGAUAGGAAAUGCAUGUUGGGAGUUGUAUUGCUUGGAACAUGGCAUCCAACCGGAUGGUCAAAUGCCCAGUGACAAGGUGACUGGCAAGUCUGACGAUUCCUUCAACACUUUCUUCGCUGAAACCGGCUCAGGAAAACACGUGCCAAGAGCGGUCUUUAUUGAUCUAGAGCCCACUGUUGUCGAUGAAGUUCGUCGCGGCAAGUACCGCCAGUUGUUCCAUCCCGAGCAGCUGAUAACAGGCAAGGAGGAUGCAGCAAACAACUACGCCAGAGGUCACUACACGAUCGGCAAAGAAACCAUUGACCUGGUGCUUGACAGGAUCAGGAAACUGGCUGACCAGUGCACAGGACUCCAAGGCUUCCUCAUUUUUCACAGUUUUGGAGGGGGAACUGGUUCAGGAUUCACUUCCCUUCUUAUGGAAAGAUUGAGUGUGGAUUACGGCAAAAAGUCCAAGUUGGAGUUUAGCGUGUAUCCUGCGCCGCAGAUAUCAACGGCAGUCGUUGAACCCUACAACUCCAUUCUCACCACCCACACCACUCUGGAACAUUCCGAUUGCGCAUUCAUGGUCGACAACGAGGCCAUCUACGACAUCUGCAGAAAGAAUUUGGACAUCGAGAGGCCUUCGUACACUAAUCUGAAUCGCCUCAUCGCUCAAGUUGUCAGUUCCAUUACAGCAUCUCUACGAUUUGACGGAGCCCUAAAUGUUGAUUUGACAGAAUUUCAAACAAAUUUGGUACCGUAUCCUCGCAUUCAUUUUCCAUUGGCCACCUACGCUCCUGUUAUUUCCGCAGAGAAAGCUUACCAUGAACAGUUGACCGUCGCCGAAAUAACAAAUGCCUGCUUCGAACCUUCCAACCAGAUGGUGAAGUGUGAUCCACGUCAUGGGAAGUACAUGGCAUGCUGCCUCCUCUAUCGAGGUGAUGUUGUGCCGAAAGAUGUGAACGCCGCCAUUGCUAGCAUCAAAACAAAACGAACAAUUCAAUUCGUUGAUUGGUGUCCCACCGGAUUCAAAGUUGGCAUCAACUACCAGCGUCCAACAACCAUCCCUGGAGGAGACCUGGCAUCUGUGCAGAGAGCAGUCUGCAUGUUGAGCAACACGACUGCGGUUGCAGAGGCCUGGGCUCGUCUCGAUCACAAAUUUGAUUUAAUGUACGCCAAGAGAGCUUUCGUGCACUGGUACGUUGGCGAGGGCAUGGAGGAAGGAGAGUUCUCUGAAGCUCGAGAAGACAUGGCAGCUCUGGAGAAGGACUACGAAGAAGUCGGCAUGGAUUCGGCAAAUGGAGGCGGCGACGACGAUGAGGAAUUUUAAAAUUAAAGUAUAUCACUUAACGCAUUGGUUGUUUUUUUUCAUAAUAACAUAUUUAGGCUACGUUGAAAUUGAACAUAACCGACUUAUUGGUGCAUUAUUUGAAAUAAAAGCUAUUACGAUCAAAUUAAAUUAUCAGAUGAAUAUUUAUUAUUAUAUCAGGAAGGUUGUUUGUUUCCAUAUUAUUUUUCGGAAACAUAACUAGCUUUAAUUUCGCUGCCAAAUUUUUCAUGCAUAGUUUAUUUAUUUGCUUGAAAAUGUAAUAAAAUAAAUUUAUUCCAAAAACCAA